GAUGUCCCAAGGUCCGGCACCUCUCCCGGCACCACUCAGUCCCCAGCGAGCGCUUGCCCCGCUGUGCCUCACGUUCCCGCUGGACUGAGGCCAAAGGCACAGCGCUGCCCGAAUAUAAAGCGGGAGGUGACGGGGGAGAGCCACAAACUGACAGGAGAGGAGACGAGCUGAAAAUGUGAGCUUUGCUCUGAGUGCUUUACGUGGCUGUUUGUGCAAUUAUGGCAUUUAUCUUGGAACUGCAACUUCUCAGAAGAAACCUGGAGAACGACCCAGAUCAGGGUGGUUUCUCAGCCACCCAUUCUUCUGCACAAAGAACUUCUUUUGGGGGUUUUGGUGAUGACGGGGGCAGAGAGGAGAAGGAGAGCGGUGUGGGGGAAGAUCCGGGCUGUUCGCUGUGAAGAUAUCAAGGAGUGGUGCAUGAGGCGGCUGCCCAUCUUGGAGUGGGGGCCCGUCUACGAUUGGAAGGAAAAUCUGGUUCCCGAUAUGGUGUCUGGGAUGAUGCUGGCCAUCCAGCAGGUGACUCAAGGAUUGGCCUUUGCUGCUCUCUCUUCAGUCCAUCCAGUAUUUGGUUUAUAUGGUUCAUUCUUCCCUGUCAUUAUAUAUGCCAUAUUUGGAAUGGGACGUCAUGUUGCAACAGGAACAUUUGCAUUAACUUCCUUAAUAUCUGCCAAUGCAGUUGAACGUCUUGUUCCUUCCACUGGCACUAAUUUCACUGCAAACAAUAAUUCAGGAAUCUUGGGCCUGUCAGAGUUUGAAAUGCAGAGAAUUGGAGUUGCAGCAGCAGUUUCAUUUCUUGGAGGAAUCAUUCAGGUAGUGAUGUUCAUGCUGCAGCUGGGCCAUGCCACCUUCUUGUUAACAGAACCAGUGAUCAGUGCAAUGACCACAGGAGCUGCGACGCACGUUGUGACUUCACAAGUGAAGUACUUGCUGGGAAUGAAAAUGCCAUACAUAUCAGGACCACUAGGAUUUUUUCAUAUUUAUGCCUACAUAUUUGAGAAUAUCAGAUCGGUUCAACUAGAGGCUUUACUUCUCUCCUUGCUGAGCAUUGUGGUGCUUGUUCUUGUUAAGGAAUUGAAUGAGAAAUUUCAGAGAAACAUUAAAAUUGUUCUUCCUAUCGAUCUAGUUUUGAUAAUUGCUACAUCCAUUGCCUGCUGCUAUGCUGAUAUGGAAUACGUCUACGGGCUAGAAGUUGUGGGGCAUAUUCCUCAAGGGCUGCCACCACCAAAACUACCACCCAUGAAUGUCCUAUCUGAAAUAGUCACAGAAGCUUUUGGGGUAGCACUGGUUGGUUACGUAGCAUCACUAGCUCUCGCCCAAAGCUCUGCUAAAAGGUUUAAUUACACUGUGGAUGAUAACCAGGAACUUUUGGCUCAUGGCCUCAGCAACGUGAUUCCUUCAUUUUUCUUUUGCAUACCAAGUGCGGCAGCGAUGGGACGGACGGCACUGUUAUACAGUACAGGCGCCAGAACACAGGUGGCUUGCCUUAUCUCUUGUGCAUUAGUUCUUGUGGUGAUCUACGUGAUUGGAGCAGUGCUGUACUGGCUGCCCAUGUGUGUGCUAGCAAGCAUUAUCAUUGUGGGCUUGAAGGGGAUGCUAAUGCAGUUCCGUGACUUAAAAAAAUAUUGGAAUAUGGAUAAAAUAGACUGGAGCAUAUGGGUUACUACCUACAUGUUCACAAUCUGCUUUGCUGCUAACGUGGGAUUGUUGUAUGGUGUUGUCUGCACGAUAGUAAUUGUGAUUUUCCGCUUUCCCAGAGCAAAGACACUGAAUUUGAAAAAUAUGGAAGAAGUGGAAUAUAAAUACAAAACUGAAGAUAAUUGUGAAUCAUUAAAACAGGUAAAGAUAGUUUCAGUGAGCAACCCAUUAGUCUUUCUCAACGCCAGAAAGUUUCAUGCAGACCUGAUGAAGAUAAUCCAGAAGGAUAGCACUAGCAGUCAGGCAUGUGAAGAUGUAAACAAGUGUGAGCAGAACACGUUACUCUGCUCAUUUUCCAAUGGAGGUUGUCAUGGUGAAUCACUGCAGCCACGUCAGAGUGAGCGACGCAUUUUGAUAUUGGACUGCAGUGGACUGAAUUUCUUUGAUUACACUGGAGUGUCCAUGUUGCUUCAGGUAUUAGUAAUACCAGAUACACUCUGUACAUUAAAAUACAUAAAUACACACACAAUUUAUUUAAGUCAGCUACUAGUCAUCCCACUUACAGUGGAUAAAGGGGGUAACUCAUGCAAGAGAUGA